AGCGACACCAUGCAUACGCCCAAGAAGCCCUCGUCCCUAUCGCGCAUCGACACGCACACAAUCCAACCGACGAUGUCCUUUCAAUCGGCCGGACGCGACGCGUCCUCGCCCAUCGUCAUCUCCUCGUCGGCGGAGGCGUCGCCUGUUCUCGGGCCGUCCUCCGCUACCGCACGGGAGGCGUCAGUGCAGAUACUCGACGGGACGACGGGGACGAUGUCAGACGGGCGGCACAGCGAGAGCGAUGAGAUGGCGGUCGACGAUAUGCUCGUUCUCGACCCGACAACGCCGAGCGAGCCGGAGGAUGUGCUCGAAGUGCAGCUCACGCCCAAGUCUCGCUCGAGCCCGGUGAAGAGCGCGCCUAGGAGGCGGAACGUCGUUCUUUCUCCGUCGGCGACGCCUUCGCUGCGCUCGUCGCCCCCGCUCGACAAGCACGCGCCGCUGUUCUCGCCUAGCCCCUCACCGGUGCCUUCUUCUCCUCCCGUUCUCCACGCCAAGUCCCGACCGCGGCCCCGAUUCCCUCCCCUUCCAUUAUCAUCGUCAUCACACUCCAAGCCGGCGCCGGCGAAAGCGAAGAAGCUGCAUACUCAGUCUCACGUAAUCAUAAAACACCCGCGCUACGGCCCGCGCAAGCGCAAGCGCCUCCCGACGCUCUCGCACGUCGCUGUGCCGCCCUUUCCAAGCGGACUGACGAAGGCGGACUAUGCGCCUGCGUCGCAGGCGUUUCUCGAAAAGGUCGCGAGGGCGGGGCUUGCAGGCGGUCGGAGUCGCGGGCCGCAGCAGUUUACGAGUAUGGCGGACGCGCUCGUUAUGUCGCUGGAGAAUAACGCGAGCUUGGCGAGGAGCGAUAAGGGGAAGGGGAAGCAGAAGGCGAGGGACGGGGUGGGGGUAGGGAAGAAGCGGAGGGAUGUUAUUGUCAUCGACGAUGAUGACGAGGACGAGGAUUACGUGGGCGGGGCGGGCCCGAGCGCGCCGAAGAAGAGGAAGAUGGCGAAUUCGAGCCCGGGUGGGCAUGUCGGUACGAGCGCGAGUGCUAGUACCAGUGCCGCUGGAAGAGUGCCGCAGCAGAAGACGAAGGCGUCAGGCGCUCAGCCGCGCAAGCGCGGGCGUCCGCCGAAGCUGCCGCCCGAGUCGAGGUUCUCUCGUGCCUACCAUGCCCCGGACAUCCACUUUGAACUCGACCCGUACUCUGCGCUCGCCGUGGGCCACCCGGCGCCGCCACUACUCGCAUCUCCCUCUCGGCCCCCCAACCGUUCUUCGCCGACAGCACCUGUCUGCUCCACACCACCCCCACCGCCCAUCGCAGCCCCGCCAUUCCCUGCUCCUGCGAGCCCGGAGCUGCCGCUCGACAAGAAACAGCGCCGCGCGAACGCGCUCAUGGAUAAACACUUUCCGCCGCUGGUCGAGUUCGCGACGGACGCGCUGGAGGGCGAGCUGAUCGUUCCGGAGUACGUCGUCGCUGCGAAUCUGAGGUAUCUGCGCCGCGAGAAGGCGCGGAUACGGCCUGCGCGUGGUAGGGGGCUGGGCGCGGUGUGGGAGGCGGGGAUGGGCAUGGGGUUGGGGUUGGGCAUGGAGGAUGGGGUGGAGGAGGGCGAGAUUGUGCCGCAGUGGCAGCGGUGGGAGGAGAGGAGGGGGGUAUGGGCGAGGGCGGCGUGGGAUAGGGUGAGGCUGCCUAAGGAGGAGGAGGAGGUGUCGGCGCCCCAGGCGGAGGAGCAAGAGGAGCCGCCGGUGGGACAUACACACCCGCACCGACCUCCACAACCACACAUGCACGCGCACCUGCACGGUGCGCCUGAAGCAGAAGAAGACAGUAUGGACGCGUACAUCGACACGGGCGCGCUGGCGUCUGACUCGCCGCUCAAGAGCCUGCCGUCGUCCGCGUCGUCGCGCGAGCGGGUGGGCCUCGGACUGCUCUCGACGUCGGCGCCGCCGUACCCGCCUCCCCAUCCUGAGCAUGCGCAUCCGCGCGAGAUGAGGAGGUUCUCGUUGGAUCCGAUGCUUAGGCUUGCGAGUCCGCAUCCGCUGGAUGUGGGGCUGGGAGGUGGCUUUUUCGGGGUCGGGUCGGCUGGUUUGGGUGGUGUGCCGUCUAUGGGCAUGGAUAUCACGAUGACCAUGGGGGACGUCGAGCGCCGAUUUGAUGACUCGCGCAUGCCUUUCGAUGCGGAGGGCUCGACGAUGGCGGAGCUUAGCGCAUGGGAUCCUUCGCCCGGCGGUCCUUCUGGUUCCGGCGCUGGCUCGGGUCUUGGACACAGCGACGACAUGCCCAGCGGCGGUAUCGGCGCUGGCACGGGUGUGGACUCGAGAGGAACGACGAUCGACCCGUCCCUGCUCGGCGGGGACCGCCAUUCAUCCCAGACGCGGUCGUCCGUCUUGACGCGCGCACCCCUCCCAGACGCAUCGUCGUCUUCCUCUGCACCGGCGCACCCCCGCGCCGGCUCGUCGUCGACGAGUGCGCCCGCGGUCGUGUACCUGCGCCGCCCGUCUGGGAUGGACGUUGCUCGCAACGGGCGCCCGUUGUCGUUCGGGAAAGGGCCGUUUGGGCCAAACGUGAAGGUCAGGUAUCGCGAUCCCGAUCCUGAUCCGGAGGUGUCGUCGUCUCCCCCGCCACAGCCGCCGUUGCAGCUUCAGCACGGUACGCAGUUCGGAGGCGGGCCCAGCGGCGAGGACGAUAAGGGCGAUGAAGACCUGGACAUCGACGUGAUGGCUAUGGAUAUCGGUCCGAUUCCGGAGCCGGAGGACGACGGGGAGUAUGUUCCGCCCACGCCCAAGCCCAAGCCCAGUCCGGGGAAGCGCGCUGGGAAGCGGUCGGAGUCGGGCAAGGGCACGGGUAGGGGUGGGGAUGAGGACGAGUACGCGGAAGGAGCGGACAGGGAGGGCGCUGCGCCGAGGAGGAAGAGGAAGCCGUCGAUGAAGAUCAAGCUUGCUAUGGCAUCUGCCGUGUUCGACGAUGAGGACGGCGAGGACGGGGAAGAGUGGGUUAGGGACGAGACGAGCGGGAGUGUGGCGAAGGUCGGUCCGCCCAAGGGUGUGAAGAGGGCCAAGGCGAAGGGUAAGGGAAAGGCGGUAGAUCAGGACCCAGGCUCGAGCACGGGCGCGAAGGGUACGAAGGCCCUGAAGAAGACGAAGACGAAUGAAGACUAUAGCGGCAAUCCGUUGACGUAUUGUCACCAGUGCCGCAAUAAGACGAAUCGACCGAAGAUGGCGUGCGCUGGGAUCGACGGGGGAGUGUGUAAUCGGCUGUGGUGUAUUCGUUGUUUGGAGUUUCGGUACCCCGAGGUCGAGUUUGACACAGCCCGCACCGACUUCGUCUGUCCAGCCUGCUCGAGCUCGUGCAACUGCUCUGCCUGCGCGCCUCGGCGCGGCGAAGCCUUCAUCUCGAUGGAGUAUCGCCUCAUCGACGGCGAAUGGCGGCACCGGGCGCACAAUACGCUCCCUGGCGAGGUGCUCCCCGCGUACUCAAAGCCAAAACCACAGCCGCGCGUCAAGCAGGUGUCCAUCCCCCACACCCAUUCUCGUUCCCAGUCGCAGUCACAGUCUCAAUCGCAGUCGCAGUUAAAGACACUGAGAACCCGCCGCCGCGCGACUCUCUCGCCCUCGCCGACUCCGCCACCCGCGUUCAUGCCGACAUCGGAGCCGGCGUCGAUGUACUUUGGCGCGGUGUACAAUGCGACGACCGGUGAGCGCAUGGGCACUGCGUUUGGGAAUAAGGCGCGGGACAGGGUAACGCUGGACCGGCGGUCGGAGGACGACCGUGCGUAUUAUGACUAUGGGCGGCCGAGGAGACGCGUUUUCGUUGGCGAGGUGAUUCCGUGGUGGCAGAUUAAGCCGGAGAGCGUGAGGUGGUUGGAGAAGGCAGAGGAGGAUGAGGUGUUGGGUUUCGAUGCGCCUGUGGAGCGGCGAGAGGGAGGUGGGAGGGCGGGUGAGGCCAAUGCGUUCAAGGAAACUACUGGGCUUGGAGAAGAGGUCAACGCUGCCGUUGCGCUGGUCAUCGACGCUCCUGUCGACCAUGUCGAAGCUGAGCACGCCGUGCCCAAGAACCUCGAACAUGGAGAACAGGUCGCUACCACCGCCAACGCCGAACCAAAUCCCUCUCUUGUCGCUAAUGCUGAUCUGGAUACCUCUCGCGCCGCUACCAACUCGAACCCUCCUCCGGCCCGCCCCCAGCGCCGCCGACGCAUAUAUGUAGGAAACCCUGCCUCUCUGCGAGAGCCUUACAUGUCCAUGGAUACCUACAUUACGUCGCGACUCGCUGCUGCUGCCGCCAUAGCAUCCGCCGCCCCAUCUACCUCUGUUGCUGGAGCUAGCUCGCGCCGACCAUCGACUCCACACGUGUCUCACCAUGAAUCCGACCUUGACGCCGACGGCGAGACAGACGACGGCGAGGACCUUGCCGAUCCUGACUUCCGCGUACCUUCGACUCCAUCGAAGAAGAACUCGAACGGUGUGCACAACAGCAGCUCGCUGUCGCCGUUGUCCUCGCUCGCAGACGGCGACGGGGAUGACAAGGAGGAUGAAGGCGCGGAUGAGGACUGGCCGCAGCCCGCGGUAGGCGAAGGCGUCGCUUGGGAGCCGGGGAGGAGCAUGAGUAUUCCUCAGAGUGCGCAUGAGGGGACACCAGGGUUGACUCUGCCGCCUCCACCUCCGCCUGCUGCCGCACCUGCGUCUGAGACUCCGUCGGUCGAAGAUCCGUCUGCAAGUAUGUCAACGCUGGCGCCUCCGUCCCCUGACCACGCUCAGGAGAGCGGUGUUUCGAUCGCUGAUGAGCUGAUAGAGCCUCUUCAAGAUGUCCAGAUCUUCGAUAUCAUGGAGCAGGAAAUGCCGUCGCAGGAUGGCCCCCCUUUCGCGGACGUGCCAUUGCAGAUGACCGACUUGAUCAAGCAGGCCAUGGCGGCGGUAGGAGCAGCCUUAGAUGCGGGCGCGUCGUGAGCGCACGUAAUAUACUCUUGUCAACAGCCUGAUCAUCGUUUGGUUCUCUGCCAAUUGGUGAUCACCUUACCUUUGCCGAUUUAUGACCCUGGUUUUGACUUGGCUUCGUUUGGUUUCGGUAGACUCUCCAUCGUAUGGAUCUUAUCACUUGCAUUUUCACGAGUUUGAUUUUUGUUCGAGUGAUCUUUUGUUUCGUGUUGUUGGAUACAUAUGCUACCUUUUCUCAUUUUGAUCUACUUUAAACAUCCCUUUUGACCUGAUUUCUUCUGAGACGAGGAUACAAUAGCUAGUUAGUCAUACUUACACCGCUCACACAAAAU